AUGAAUUUCACACAAUCCAUCUCGCGAUGGGCUUCCGUCCUACUCCUGCUGUGCUUGGGUCUGGCGCACGCCCAUACCGUCAUUACUUACCCUGGCUAUCGCGGAAACAAUCUCCACACCAACGGCACCAUCGAGCAAGCUAACGGUCUUGGUGUUGCCUACGAUGCGAAGAAUGGCUCAUACAUCUACCCAUACGGCAUGGAGUGGAUUUAUCCAUGCGGUGGUAUGCCCAGGUCGACCAACCGAACUAAGUGGCCCGUCAGCGGCGGUGCUGUCGCCUUCCAGCCGGGCUGGUUCCCAGGCCAUGCCACUGCCCUGAUCUACGUCAAUCUCGGCUUCGGCGAAAUCCCGGAAAAUAUGAGCCACCCCGUCGUCCCGCCCUUCCUCAUCGUCGGCCCGACCAACAAUCCUUACCCCGGGACUGUGUGUCUGCCACAGGUGCCUCUGCCGGCCAAUAUCACCGUCAGCCCGGGUGACUACGCCACAAUCCAGCUGGUUGAGACGGCCAAGCACGGCGCUUCUCUAUUCAAUUGCGUGGACAUUGAGUUCGCAGAAGAUGGCGAUGCGUCUGUGGAGACGGUCACUCGCGACAAUUGCUUCAAUUCGUCCGAUAUCAGCUUCGAGUACAUGUACACCACCAGUUCCAUUGGUUCGGGUGCGGCGAUGCUACAUCCGAAACUGUCGGCUGCGGCUGUCGUCCCGCUUUUGCUGGCUGUUGCCUUUGGCGUCUACAUGUAG